GCAUUUCCCGAAAGAAACCAGUUCCGUUCGGUCCUGUUUUGGUUAUGUUAUGCUGCUCCUCAUCAAUUAAUUACUCUGACAGAUGCUGUUGCUGUCAAAUUCAAAACAGGACGUCUUUCCCAAACGAACAUCAGACGGGUGAUCCCCAGGAUUUAACCUUGCAUUUAGGAGGAACAUGAACAUGAGGGAUGCUGUCUUUGUUCAGGCUCUUCUUUCCAUCUACAUCGCAGUGGUGUACUUCUUCGCGGCAGUGUCCUGUCAGUUUGACAGCAGCAGCAGUGUGGUGGUUGCCGGCUACAAUAUCAGUGGCCCUGCCGGGUCCAAGCUGGCACUGCAGUGCAUGAGCGGUCGCAUGGUGUGGACCAGGGACAGAGUGAGGGACAGACAGAGGGUGGUCCACUGGGAUGUUUAUCGGGACUCCCCAGACUACGCCAUAGAAAGAGUGGUGGACAUGUUCUCGGCCGGAGACCAAAGGCUCUACCACGCCCACAACCUGGGAAGGGUCAGCCUCAACCCUACAGCCUUCAAGGAUGGGAACUUCUCACUGGUCAUCCAAGAUGUGAAGUUGAAUGACAGAGGCCUGUACUCCUGUAACCUCCACCAUAUCUACUGCCACCUGCAUGAAACCUUCAGAAUUCAGCUCAAUGUGACCAAAUCAAGACGCAAACAGCAGCGCUUCUGGGACGGACAGAAAGUGGUGUACGUGGUGCUGCAGGGAACCACUGUGCUGUUGUCCUGCAUCAACAGACGGAGCGUCUGGACAGACUGGAGCAACGAGGAGGAGAACCAACAGGUUGUCCACUGGGACCGUCAGUCCCCGGGAGUCCAGCAUGAUCGUGCAGAUCGGCUAGUGGACCUGUAUGCCUCCGGGGAGCAGCGCAGCUACGGGCCUCUGUUCCUGCAGAGGAAGAUGAACAUCAGCAAUCAAGCCUUCUCAGACGGUGACUUCUCUCUAACAAUAACAGAUCUGCAGCCUACAGACCAGGGAACAUAUUCCUGUCACCUUCACCAUCAUUACUGCGGCCUACACGAAAGAAGAGAGUUUCGGGUCACCGUCGAAGCCCCUCUGAUUGAGAACACACAGCCGGUCAUAUCACUUCCCAAAGACAAAGACACCACCAAGGCUGAGGCGCCGCGAGUCAUCAACGUCAUCUUGCCUGACCAAAGACACCAUUUUCUCCUGCCGCUUGGCUACGUCCUCACCUCCUUCCUGCUUCUGGCGUUCAUUACUCUCAUCAUCAUCCUCAUCACAAGACGACGUAAAGCCAAAGAUUUGUUUCCUAAAGUAUCUGUUAGGUCCAGCAGAACUCCCAGUAGCUUAGAUGAGUACGAGAUCGACCUCGGUGAGGUUAACAUAAGCAGUCAGGAGGAGAAAGGCUUUGAAUACAAAAACAACCUGCUGAAAGAAAACGCCCUGAUGAAGGCUCAGCCAAAAGUCAUUGAUCUUGACAAAGAGAUCCAGAAGUUUUCCAAGUAAGAAAACGAGAUAGAAGCUAAAUCUGAGUCACUGGCGGGUCCAGAAGCUGUGUUUUCUCCAGACAAAACACAUCCACGUUACCUUCUGUGGUAGCGAGAGAGGAAACCAGGGUGGAUUUUUUAUUUUUUAUUUUGCCAGUAUUAGAACAUUGUUGCUAUAAAAUUGCCAGUUUGCCACAAAAAGACCAUCUUUUCAAUUGUACUCAGUUACGGUAGAGACAGGAAGUGUCAUGCACAUCACAAAUCAGACCCUAAAUGCUUCGCAAAGAAAACAUGUAAAUAAGCUAAAUGGUAAAUGGGAUUUAGAUUAAUCUGAGAAUUGAGAGUAAUCUGGUUAAAAGCUGUUUUUGUUUUUUUAUUUUUUCCUUUGUUCUUAACUUUAGUAAUCCUAUGUUGAGUGGACAGAAGCUCAUCUACAAUGUCGCAAAUGUAAACUGCCCAAUGAAGCAGUUUUUUUAAAUAGUCAGAAUGACUUUUGUCAAGUUCUUUUUUUAAAGAUUAAAAGAUAAAGUCAGUUUUAACCUUAACCCUGCUGCUUUGCUACUAACUCUUCAAAUAUCAAACACAAAUGGAGUCAUUCAGGAAUGCAAUGACAAGGGAAACAUUUGAACAGAGCUUUCUUUUUUCUAACAGCAGAGUCUUCAUUUUCUUAGGUUGUUGAAUGUUUAUUCUUGUAUCGUGGCAUCUAUGGCUUUAGGAAUUCCAGUGUUGUGCUUUAGGUGUUUUACUUAUAGUCAUUAUAGAUGUCAAAAAGCUGCACUUAACUUUUGCUGUGUAGAGUUUUAGUCCACACUUUCCAUAGUCAUGAGCUCCCCCUAGUGUGGUAACAAGAGUACUAUUCAGCUUUUUCUUUGUUCAGCCAUUUGUGUGGCUGCACCUUAAUGUGAUACAAUAAAGAAAUAAAUGUGCACA